CGUUGAGGAUAGAAGUGAGUGACAUGUUUGAGAAAGGCAACCACAAUGGCAAUUACUUCACUGACUCUUUUCAAAAUUACCUUUGUUUUCUUCAUUCUCUUCACUCUUCUCACACCUAAAGCCAUGGCUGAUUGUGAAGCUCAAUCAGCAAACACAUGCAACAACAAAGAGAAAGCGCUGUCACUAAAAGUUAUAGCCAUAUUCACUAUCUUAGUCUCUAGCAUAAUCGGUGUGACACUACCUUUAGUGACACGUUCAGUUCCAGCUUUGAGUCCUGAAAACGAUCUCUUCAUAAUCGUGAAGUGCUUCGCGGCUGGUAUAAUUCUUGGAACGGGCUUCAUGCACGUGCUUCCCGAUUCCUUUGACAUGUUGUGGUCUGAUUGUUUGAAGGAGAAACCGUGGCACGAGUUUCCAUUUUCGGGGCUCGUGGCUAUGUUUUCUGCCAUAAUGACGAUGAUGGUGGAUUCUUUGGCUACUAGUGUUUACACCAAGAGGAGUAAGACUGAGAUUAUUCCCGCUGAGAGCAGCCCUGCAGGUGGUGGAGACCAAGAGAUGGGUGGUGUUGUUAACUUUGGCCACUUCCAUGGCCACCACCACCACCACCCUGAGAACAAGACAGAAGCCCAAGAAUCACAGCUUCUACGUUAUCGUGUUGUUGCCAUGGUAUUAGAACUUGGAAUUGUGGUUCAUUCAGUGGUUAUAGGACUUGGCAUGGGAGCCUCAAACAACACAUGUACCAUAAAAGGUCUAAUAGCUGCGCUUUGCUUCCAUCAAAUGUUUGAAGGCAUGGGUCUUGGAGGGUGCAUUCUGCAGGCCCAGUACAAGUUCUUAAAGAAGGCCAUCAUGGUGUUUUUCUUCUCCGUGACAACCCCAUUUGGAAUUGCCCUUGGAAUUGCAUUGUCGACAACUUAUAGAGAAAACAGUCCAAGUGCACUCAUCACUGUGGGGUUGCUGAACGCUUCUUCUGCUGGUCUUUUGAUCUACAUGGCUUUGGUUGACCUUCUUUCUGCUGAUUUCAUGAGCCCUAGAUUGCAGGGUAGUGUCAACCUUCAAUUGAAAUCUUACUUAGCAGUGUUUUUGGGUGCUGGUGGCAUGUCUCUCAUGGCAAAAUGGGCUUAGUUUUCUCUUACGUCUAGUUUAAGGAAUAAUAACAUCUUCAAAGUUGUAAUUUUUUACAUGUUCCAUUAAAAUAGGAGGUUUAUCCAUAGUCACUGUUCACGUUUACUCUCAAAACUCAAUACUUUGUGUAAACUACAUUUUCUGCAUUGAAUAAUGUAUGUUGUCUUUCCACUCUU